UUUAUGCUAAUUAUGAAAAACGCUACAGGGUUUCAGCGGACAAUUUUGAGUUGGGAGUCCUUAAGACAUCCCUUUACUAGAUUCCAUUGAAGGAAAUUCUUUUGCAAUUUGUUCUCGGUACUUGACAAACAGAAAUUAUAUCUCUCCGUCUAGUAGGACGUUAAACCCCAUUUCAUUUCAUUUCAUUUACGUUUUACUGAAGAACGCUUUCACUGAAAAACUUCCUUGCUUUGGUUACGAUUAGUUUCGGAGUCUCUGUGCAUAUAGCUGAAAACAAGACUUGCACGCAACAUGAGUCACAUUAUGUUAGGCUAUAUUACAGCAUUAUAUGCAAAAGAACACAUGUAAUUCCCUACACGUUUUCAAAACAAUAGAAUAUAUUUGGGUAUCCAAUUUUGGGUAUUUGCAGCUUGGUAAAUAUUUACCAAAUUUGUACACGACAAUGGGUUAAAGCGGUAAUGUUUUGUCGUUUUAUACGCUCACAUUUUCAAGUGGACGUAUAUUGUUGUCGUUCCUGUCCGUCCGUCCACAAUUUGUUUGUUGACAGUCUACAGUUCACAAUUUUUAUCCGAUUUUGACGAAACUUGAAAUUUAGGUUUAUCUUCCACAGAUCUCGAUUCCGUUCGAUAUUGGCAUGUAUCGGGCCGUAACUUCAUGGAUUAUGGCCCAUGAUUAUACAAAAAGGUCACACUUUUUAUCCGAUUUUGAAAACCGUUGCCACAUGUAACCGUUACACUAUAGUGAUGAUUGAGUUAGAAUUCCGUGAAAAUCCGACUAAAACAGCCCUACAAAAUCACGCAAAUAGUGUAAAAGUAUUAAUCCAAAGGUUAUAGACCUCUAGGAGUCACAAUUUGUAUCCGAUUUUGAUGAAGCGUAAAAUGUACGUUUAUAUCUCAAAGACACUGUUUCCUGUACCAAAAACCCAUGGAACCUCUCUAGCUGUAACAAUUUUUAUCCGAUUUACAAAGACUCUCGAAUUUCGUGAAAAUCGGAUCGAAACUGCCUGACAGGAUGGCCACUCCAUGUACGCACUCAGUGUAAUGGCAAUAUUUAUUAUUUUGACAAUCACAUUAGCAUAGGUUUACAUUGAAUAUACAGAUGCUACGAAGGGUAAUUAAUGGUGGUUUUUUUUCGUUUUUUGUAUAAUUUUGAAAUAAAACACACAAAAAAAACAACAUUUGGCGAUUUGAAUUACCCCGGCUGAAUUUGUGGUGUUCCCUAAACCAGAAUAAUGCCAAACAAGUUGUGUGAGGCUUUCUGAAUAUAAUGGUCCUUUGAUACUCAGUAAAAGCACACAUCGGACCAGCAUCAUUCUUUAAAUUAUACAAGAUUUAAAAUAUCGACAUGCAGGCGGGUGUCCCGGGGUUUUGGAGGCUCCCACCGAGUCCAAUAGAGUAGGUUAAACGCUGCCCGAAAACACAGCAAUCCAAAGCCCGCUGUGUUAACGUUGUAAUUCACCAUUCCCUGGGAAUAAAAAGUAAACGUUACUAGUUUAACAAGUUAUUUAGUAAACUGUGUUAGCCAUGGAGACGUCAUUCGUCGAAAAUAAAUAGUAGAUCAGUUGAUAUAUAUCUAUAAAUAUGCGUUCGUGGAAAUAGGGAAGUUCGUGGAAACACGGCGUUGUUUCUUUGUGCAAGCUAAGACGUGCCUUGAUUGCCAGUCCGACGAAUUGAUUCGCUCGUUUGUCAUAUAUUUAGUUGUUCCUUCAAAAUUAACCGAUUUUCUACUAAUAGUUUUGUGCAUCUGUCAGGUAGAGCAGCGGAGGACCUGGAUCAUAAAGAAAUGGCGUCAUCAAAAAAAGGCGAUGGUUCCCACAAGACUGGUGAUAUGGAAAAACAAAUAGAGCAGUUGGAGAUUUCACGAAGACGAGCAGCUGAGGACGUUGACCAGAAAGAGGUGGAGGGAAUGGUUGUCCCUGAAAAACAAAAAACAGUAUCGUGGCUGGGAAGUUUUUUCAACACAAUGACUGGACACGUAUUUGAAGAAAAUAAGUCCGAUAGAAACAAACGAUUAAGAAGGGAGUUUAAAGAAUAUCGCGCACAAGAAAGGAGAACCAGGGACCUUAAGAAAUAUGGUGUCAAUCUACUUGGCCCUCACGGUGAUGUUCGAAUUGCUCUACUUGGUAAAACCGGUAUAGGCAAAAGCCUUCUUGGUAACAAUCUGUUGAAAAGGAAAGUUUUUACAUCAACUGUAAGUUUUAUAUCCGUCACAAAAAAGUGCAAAUUUGAGGAGAGGCAACUUGAUAAAAAUACCACUCUUUUGGUCAUUGACACCCCAGGCUUGUUCGAUACCAAGGAACCAAAUGAGACAACUAGCAAAGAAAUAGUACGAAGUAUAGCACUUGCUGCUCCUGGUCCACAUAUCUAUAUAUUUGUCAUCGGGGUGGGAAGAGUCACACCAGAAGAAUUCAAUACUGUGGAAAUUCUCCAAGAAGUUUUUGGUGAGCGAGUCAUAAAACAUGUCAUUGUUGUUUUUACACGUAAGGACGAAUUGGAUGGGGCGCCACCGAAAGAUUUCCUUGAAAAUGCACCUCCUGAAUUGCAAGAUCUACUAAAAAAAUGUGGACAUAGAUUCGCCUUCAUCAACAACAAGGCAGAUGCGGAUACCUUACAAGAAGAUGUUGACGUCAUAUUGGAUUUGAUCUUUAAAACUAUUGGCGAAAAUCAGGGAGACUACUACACAAACGCCAUGUAUGAGGAAGCUGAAAAAAUUGUUGACGGAAAGAGAAAGGAAAUACAACAUGAAAAGGAACGCAAACAAGAAAAACUUCUCCAAGAAAAAAAUGAAAUUCUUAAUGCAGUGACAGAAUCCUGCGCUGAGGAAAUGGAUAGACGACUAAUUACAGACACUCAAGACACAGAACAGAAACUGGAGAAGAAAAGACGCGAGUUAGAAGAACUUGAAGAGCGGAUGCGCAAUUAAGAAGAGAACACAAAAGAAGAAGAACUUCGACUCAUGACCUUUAACGAAGAACAAAAACGAAUUCGUGAACAAGAGGGUAUAAGAACUCGAGAGAUGCAAAAAGAAGAUAGUAGACUAAGAAAGCUAGAAGAGGAAAAUAAACGCCUACAAGAAGAAGAGAGAAAAAGAAAACAGGAACUCGCAGAGGAAGAAAAACGUCGUAAGAAGCUAGAGGAAAUGGUGCAGAAAAAAAUUGAAGAG